UGUACAUUUAUACAGUACUGUAGAGUAGUUUAUAUUGAAUAUAGUGUUACAUCAAUACUGAAAUGUAUUACAAGUACUGUACAUAACUGUAUGUUAUUGAAGAUCUAUGUUAGCAGUGGUUCAGUGAUGUUGUUGUCAAUGCUAUUGAGUUUACAUUAAUAUAAUAUUAAUGUUAUGUUUAUUGCAAUAAUAGUAUAAUAUUUAUAUGAUAUAUGAUAUAUACAUAUUGUAUCAAUUGGUUGGACACGUUUUGGUCAUAACAGUCAUACCAUAUAUUGUCUAAUGUGUUGAAGAGAUGCCUCUGUUUGGUAAAAAAGAUGUCAAUCGUCGACAAAGUCGUGAACUAAGCAAUGAUAUCAUCAAUACAUGUAAUAUUGAAGAUGUCUAUACAUUUAAGGACUUAUUGGGCACUGGUGCCUUCUCUCAAGUAUAUCUCGCUGAACAUAAAGUCAACAAUAAAUUAGUUGCCAUCAAAUGCAUCGACAAAAGAGCUCUUAAGGGUAAAGAGGAUUCAUUGGAAAAUGAGAUUAAAGUUCUUAGAAAACUUAAGCACACAAAUAUAGUUCAACUAAUUGAGACAUUUGAAGAUAAAAAUAAGGUUUAUUUGGCGAUGGAAUUAGUAAUGGGUGGCGAACUCUUCGACAGAAUUGUUGAGAAGGGAAGCUAUACUGAGAAAGACGCCUCACAUCUAAUCAAACAGAUCUUAGAGGCCGUCGAUUAUAUGCAUUCUUGUGGUGUCGUCCACAGAGAUCUUAAACCAGAGAAUCUCUUGUAUUACAGUACAGAUGAAGACUCAAAAAUUAUGAUCAGUGACUUUGGUUUGUCUAAAAUGGAAGAAUCAGGAGUGAUGGCCACUGCUUGCGGAACACCUGGAUAUGUAGCACCAGAGGUAUUAGCACAGAGACCAUAUGGCAAGUCAGUGGACGUAUGGAGUAUAGGAGUGAUAGCCUAUAUAUUAUUAUGUGGUUACCCCCCAUUUUAUGACGAAAAUGAUGCCAAUCUUUUUGCUCAGAUAUUAAAAGGAGAGUUUGAAUUUGACAGUCCGUAUUGGGACGAUAUUUCAGAUUCAGCUAAAGAUUUCAUUAGACAUUUAAUUUGCGUUGAUGUUAGCAAACGAUUUACAUGUAAACUUGCAGUAGCACAUCCAUGGAUAUCAGGAAAUACAGCAAAAGAUAUGAAUAUACACGGAUCAGUCAGUGAACAACUUAAGAAAAAUUUUGCUAAAACUAAAUGGAGACAAGCAUACAAUGCGACUGCUGUUAUACGACAGAUGCGGAAGUUAGCGAUGGGUAGUUCUGCCACUUCUUUAGAUCAAACAAGUGAUGCACACAAUACUGAUCCGUCAAAUACUCAAAGCGAUCUCUACUCUAAAUUAAAUGACUUAGAAAGUGAUACAACGGUUAGUCCUAUUAGGACUGUUAACACUUCAGAUUAGAUAUUGUUAUUAUGAUAUAAAUAUCAUUUAUCAUUAACUAUUAAAUUACAUUAUUUGAAAAGUUGUAUAAAUACUCAUUUGGUUAACUGAUGCAAAACUGAUAAAGAUUGAGUCAAAUAGUUCAUGACAUUUGUUAAUUUAAUAAUAGAUUACUUAUCAGUUGUUAUGUUAUAUAUAUAAACCUUAUACAUCUAAUUGAUUUUUAUUUAAACAUCAAUUAGAAACUUAAAGCACAAACGAGAAAAUAAUUGCCAAUUAUUGGUCAUAUUAUUAAUUAUUAUUUAAAUAAUAAUUGUUGAAUCAGAUGUUAUCAAUUACCGGUAAUUAUAAAAUGCUAUCACUGUAUAAAUUAUAUGAAUAUUAUACAAUAUUUGCAGA